AUGGCGACGCCUUAUAUCUUGAAAAUAUCUGUUAUCGCUGGAACAGCUGAGUUGGAGGAGGAGAAUUAUCAUCUUCGUAGUGAAUUACAGACAGAAGUGGAUAUUAAUCGUCAGAAUGAGAGACGAAUUAAUCAGCUGGAGAAGAUAGAGCGCCUUGAAAAUGCUUCGAAAAAAGCGAUAGUAGAGUUAAAAUCUGAAAUCUCUACCCUAAAAAGUCAGCUAUAUCAAGCUAGGAAAGAUGUGCGAGAUAAGGGAAAAUAUAUUUCUAGUUUAGAAGAGCAGUUAAUUAUACUUGCAAACCAAGGUGUAGAUCUAGCAGAUAAUGCAGGAGGUCCACCAACAGGAAGAGAUCAGGCAAUAGGAUAUUUAAGAGGCUGUAUGAGAGGAAGAACUUUAGAAUGGUUCGAUGAUGAGAUUACUACAAAGCAAAAUUGGGAAUUAGCAAACUUACUUUAUAAUACAGGGCAAGCUAACUUAGUAGCUGUAAAUGGACGUACAGCUAUUCAGAUAGGAGCUAAUGGAAUAAAUGAGGCAGGCCCUUAA